CUCAUGGAAGACCUCACAACUCUAUGGACUAGUUGACUUGGGUCGAGACCCACUCACUGCAAGAAGAUAACGCGUGGUGAUAUUCACACGUUGGGUUGAACGAGGACACAUCUCGUAAAUUGUGAUAAUAGAAACACCUAUGAGACUUAAAAAUCAUGACUUCCCACUUGCACAAAGAGUUAUCCUGAUUAAGUUCACAAUCUCUGUCAACGAUUGGUUGUUCUAUUAGUUGUGCACACGCAUGGUAAGAAUUAGAUUAAGUUUGAGUCUAUAAAAGAGAGACUAACCUGCUAGAAAGUGCCUCUAAAUGCAGAGACAUUUAUGACCACCAAAUACUGACCCUAUCUCAAUAUAACCACUCAUCCAUAUUCAACUCCAACUGAUAGAUACCCCCAAUUAAUAGCACCUCCCUCUUGAUUUUUUCCAACCCCCUAUGAGCAUGACAAGCCCCUGCUUCUUCCUCUUCUCAUCUUCUCAUUUUCAUAAAGUGCUGGAGAGCCAAAGCCAUGGCCGCCUGUAGGAGCCUCCAACACAUCUUUGAAAACUCAUUACCUCCAGAUAACCAAAAACCCCAUUCCACAUGGAACCAAAUCAAACCCAUAGAGCAGUCUUCAUUCACUGAAAUCUUUGGGGAACUUCAUUUCAAAGAGAAUUCUUCCUCCUCCUCCUCUUCCUCCUCCUCCUCUCGUAUGUCAUCUUUUAUAGACUUCAACUCGCAAACCAGUGCUAAACAGAGCACUAUUUUUGACAAGAACUGUGAGGACAACAGCAAGACUCCUCUUUUGGAGACGUUUUCAAGCUCAGAAAAGACCCAAACCCAAUACAGUCGCAAGAAAAGUGAGAAUCUUUUAUCCAUGAAUCAUGAGAAUCUGCAGCUAUGCACUGAAGGGCUUGGAUUUGAAAGCUCUGAUGAUGUAGAGGACAUGAUUAAUGGACACUGGGAACAAGAACAAGAAGAGAGAGCCAUGAGAACUACUAAACAACCAAAAACAGAGAACCCAAGUGGAGAGUUGAAGAGGUCAAGGGCUGGGAAAGGAGCGUUUCCUCCUCCAAUUUCUUGCAUAGGAGAGAGUGGGAAGCCGUGGGUUUGCUUCAAGUCGUACAGGCAAGACGGCAGGUUUAUUCUGAAGGAGAUAAGGACUCCAUCUCCUGAGUUCUUGCAUGCUUGUAGAGAAGGUGGCCGCCUGAAGCUGCACUUUGUUCAGCCAAACUCUGAAAUUCUAGAAGAAGAAGAAGAUGAUGAUGAAGAUGAAGACAAUGAUGAUGAUGAUGAAGGCAAUCGCUUCAUGGAAGACGAAGAUGAUAAAGAAAUUGGACAGCAAUGAUUUCAGAAACAGAGUAAAUGAAGAUGAAACCAAGAAGGGGAAAAAAAUUCCGAGAGUUGACUGUUCAGCAAAGUGCAUAUGCAUGGGAGCUGAACAAAACUUUCUGCCUGUGUUUUUUCUUUCAGGAAAACGAUCAGAGAGAUGUAUAUGGCCCUCCAGUUCCAUAAAUCUAUAAUUCAAUAACCUUUCUUUCUUUGUAGUUCUUUGUUCUCUCUUACUUUGCAGUUUUUCACUAUAGAUCAUCAUCUAACCAUGUCAACCAUAUUGCAGAGAGAGCCAUAUCUGCCCUGCAACUCUGCCCACAAGACAACUUAUUGGUAAACUCCGGGUCACAUAGAAAAUCCAACAAUCUCCGUGAACCAGUUAAGACCUGGGCCAAGACAAAGUAUAGGUAAGAUAAUGUAGGGUGACAUUCACACACG